AUGGUAUACAGGGCAGUGAAAGAGGCCAAAGAGAGGAUUAUGGGAAAUGAAAAGGAACAGUAUGGGAAGCUUAGGGACUAUGCCAUGGAGAUCAUUAAGAGUAAUCCGGGAUCGACUGCAAGAGUUGAUGUGAUCCCAAUCCCUCAAUCCCUACCUGUCUUUGACAAAAUAUAUAUCUCCUUUGAGGGUUGUAAGCAAGGCUUUAAGUCUGGGUGUAGGCCUUUCAUCCAUCUAGAUGGAGCUUUUUUGAAGACAUAUCAUGGAGGUCAACUACUAUCAGCGGUGGCACAGGAUGCCAAUAACCAAUUCUAUGUAGUAGCAUAUGGAGUUGCAAGAUCGGAGACGAAGGAAUCCUGGAAAUGGUUCCUCACACUGCUUCAGGAAGAUCUAGGUGAUGCACACCAAUUUGGUUGGAACUUUAUGUCCGACCAACAAAAGGGUCUGCUACCAGCCUUAAAGGAGGUAAUGCCAAGAGCACAUCAUCGGAACUGUGUGAUGCACCUGUGGAAAAACUUCAUAAAUAGGUUCAAAGAUAUGCACAUUAGAGACAUUGUAUGGGACUGUGCUAGGUGCACCACUGAACCAGAGUUCAAAGAGACCAUGGAGAAGCUGAAGGGGGUGAAUAAGGCUGCAUGGGAAUAUUUGAUGAGGUUUGAACCAGCCACUUGGGUUAAGGCUUUCUUCAGUCAUGGCCCCAAGGUGGAUAACCUGACUAACAACAUGUGCGAGGUCUUUAAUUCAAAGGUCGUUAAGUACAGAAUCAAGCCAGUUUUGACUAUGUGUGAGGAAAUUAGGUGCUAUCUAAUGCGGAGAAUGACCAAGCAUAUUAGGCUGUUAGAGCACCAUAGUGGAAAGCUUGCACCCGUUCAGGAGAAAAGGUUGCAGAGGCUGAUAAAACCCAGCAGCAGGUGGAUUGCUGAAUGGGUGGGAGAUAACGAACGAAAAAGAUUUCAAGUUAGCAGAAAGCAAACCAAAGUAGAUGUGGAUUUGAUCAAACACACUUGUUCAUGCAAUGUUUGGCAACUGACCGGCAUGCCAUGCAUUCACGGUAUUGCUGCAAUUAGAAAGAGGCAUGACCAGGUAGAUGAUUAUGUGCAUCCCUGGUUAUGUAUGGAAUCUAUUCACAAGACAUAUGCACAUUGCAUAAAACCAGUACCAAGUGAGGAAUUUUGGGUAACCACUGACCAGCUGAGGCCUGCUCCACCACCCAUCAAGCGACCUAUUGGGAGGCCUAAAGAUCAAAGCCAGACACAGACUGAAAGUUUGGCUGAGCAUAGUGCUGUGCAAGAGAAUCCUACAAAUCAUGACAUGAGCCAGAAUGCUGCAGCAACAACAACAUCUGCUCCAGUCCAAACUCCAUUCAGGCCUCCAUCCCAGCUGCCAAGAAUGGGUCAAACCAAAAUCCCAGCUGCUGCCUCCAAAUUCAGACCCAAGCAGACAAUCAGAAGGCCCCAAGCAAGUGCAAAUCCACCUCCAACUCCACCCUCGGAUACCACCCAGACUCAAAGCACCAGUGCCAGUGUCGCAACAUCAGAGGAGACCUUCAAAGUCGUUGGCAGUGAGGCCAUAGGAAUGAAUUUCAUCCCAAAUGCUGGAUCCAAGAAUCAGAAGAACUGA